CAUGCCACAGAGGUCUUUUCUCUCCUUGCUGUAAACGAAAAACGGCCCUCAGAAAUUCGCAGCAUCCGAAUCGUGUCCGCCUCCACUCCACUAGAUCACCGACCACCGUGGUCCUGCCCGCCCACAGCACACACUGUACUGCGCCGCCUAGGCCGACACCAGAAGCCAUCUCCUGCUCCCCACGUCUCCACUCCGGCGAGAAAUGCGGCGCCCUUCGGUUCAAGAUGGGUUGACGCGGCAGCUCGGAUCGGUGGCAUCGACUCGGCAGUAAGACUGCCUGCAGGAACUCGAUUCGUCGGCGGGAGCCCGCGGAUUUCCAGUUUGUCGUUGCGCAGGCAGGUGGGGAAUUUUUUCUAACCUACCUUUGCGCUUUGAAGGGAAAAUAGAAGAGGGGGCCGUCAUCAUCUAAGAGCGAGGAUCAGGAGAAGGGCGUGACAAGAAGAUGCUGAAGAAACUGAUAUCGAAGACCAAGAGCAAGAAGAAGAAGGAAGCUGCCUCUUCUUCCCUCCCCACCUUGGAUCGACUACAUGAGACCCUAGAAAUGCUGGAGAAGAAAGAGCGUUUGCUUCAGAAAAAGUCUUCCGCGGAAAUAGAAAAGGCCAAGGACUAUACAAAGGCAAAGAAUAAGAAUGCUGCAAUUCAGUGUUUAAAGAAAAAGAAGUUGUAUGAAACACAGAUUGAGCAGCUAUCGAAUUUUCAGUUGCGGGUUCAUGAUCAGAUUAUAAUGCUUGAAAAUGCAAAGGCAACAACUGACACUGUUGAUGCUUUGCGCUCUGGGUCAUCUGCUGUCAAAGCUAUUCAACAGUCCCUGAGUAUUGAUGACAUUGAGAAUGCAAUUGAAGAGGCGAACGAACAUACGGAAAAUAUGAAACAGAUACAGGAUGCACUUGCUACACCAUUCGGUGCUUCGGCUGAAUUCGAUGAGGACGAGUUGGAGGCGGAACUGGAAGACCUCGAGGAGGAAGAACUGGACCUGGAGCUGCCUGAACCGCCGCGGGGGACACACGUGGCGCCAUCAACGUCGGCUGCGACUUCUCGACCGGCGGCUAGCGAUUUCGCUGAACUGACCAAGCUUCAAGCAGAGAUGGCGCUUUAGGGAUCUGCUAUAAAAAUACUGCGCGGCUAGCGAUUUCGCUGAACUGACCAAACUUCAAGUAAAGUUGGCGCUUUAGGGAUCUGCUGUAAAAAUACUGCGGUUUCGAGGGAAUGCUGUCAUUGAAACCUCAGAGGCUCACUGCCAUCCUUGCGGCGUGCAUGUAAAAUUCAGGCUAUGUUGAAGAGCAUCCACCCCUGUUAAUUUCCUGCA